AUGUCCUUCCAGCGCGUCGGCCUGCGCCUGGCGCAGCAGCAGCUCCGUUCGCCUGCCUUUCGACCCCUCUUCCGAGCGACCUUCCAGCGACGUCUCGCAAGCAGCGUUCCGAGCCCACCAGGUCAAGGAGCAAGCAAACUCGUUGGAACGGCCGACAAUGCUUUCAACCGAGAACGAGCUGCGGUGAAAGCCCAUGCUGCUGCCACAAGUGAUCUCUGGCGUAAACUCUCGAUCUUCGUCGUCGUCCCCUGCCUAGUCCUAGCAAGCAUAAACGCCUGGAAUCUGUGGAACGAACAUUGGGAGCACUGGUCACAUAUGCCUCCCUUGGAAGAGCGUGUCGAAUACCCUUACCAGAACAUUCGAACUAGAAACUUCUGGUGGGGAGAGGGUGACAAGACCCUCUUCUGGAACGACAAGGUCAAUUACCACAAGAAAGACAAGCAAACUUAA